GCUUUUGACAGGUCCUGUACUUACGCGCGAGUCGCACGUGAGUACACAAGGAACUCCCUUGUCAUCGAACCACCUUGUCGCGGGACAGCGUUGACGUACAUAUAUGUAUGUGUGACGUGUAAUUAGCCCGAUCCGCGGAAAAUAACGGAGUACUAGUGAGAAGGAUAUGCAAUGACAGUUCUCGCGCGCGCGGGCGACGAAGGAGAGGAAUAUGAUACCGAGGGUGUAUAAUCUCCGUGUAUAAUGAAGAGAUUGCGCGUCGCGUCACGUCGCGCGAUACGACACGCACACACGCAUCAUCUGGGACGCCGCGGCCGUAUCGCCGUCACCACCUCCUUGGACGCUUCCUCUCUCGAACGAGCGAUAAGGCAUGUUAUCGGUCGCGCAUUACCAGUAACUCGCGAGUCGGAAUGGAGACGUCGGCCUCGGUAAUCGGACACCUUUGAACUGAUCUCUGAACUCAAAGAGUUUGCAAUAUAUUAGAUAAUAAAGACUUAUUGGUAUUAUUUACCAAUUUCUCUCAACUAAAGAUAGAACAAGAUAAGGAAGAUGUGUACUACAAAGAUUAUUUAUUUUUUGUGAUGAACAAGCUUAAUAUAUGAGCUUAAAAUAUGGCCUUCAAGAGUGUAUUAUCCUAUCAAAACAUUCCAUUUAUUAAGGAGCAGUAAUAAAGUAUCAGUAAUAUCAUGCAUUUUUACAAGUAAAAAUGGAUGCGAAGGAGACUAUAACUCUUAUUGAAGUAUUUGUAACAUUAUUGAUUGUGAGUUAAAUCGCGAUUUAUAUCAUAUAUCAUGGUGCAGCAGCGACUUCCCAGUUUUGAUGGCGGUCGAAGUGGACGGCGUUUUAUACUGACACUCGCUGCUGGAAUGGCUUUUGGCUUUUUAUCGGCAUGUCUGCUUAUUACAUCCACAAGAGAUGUACCACACAUUUUUAGGUGGAUGCCGGGUAGUUCUGGUCUUUCUAGAGAUCCUCAUCAUUAUUCGGAAUUGGAGUCAGAGAUUGGUCCUGAAACAGAAGUAAAAUUUCAUGGUGAAGAUGAAGAUUUUCACAAAGGAGAAGAUAGGAUAGCUCAGGAUAUGGCGAAGAAAGUGCGUGUCCUUUGUUGGAUUAUGACUGGUCCAAAGAAUCAUCAGAGUAAGGCUCGUCAUGUGAAAGCGACGUGGGGAAAACGCUGUAACAUACUUUUAUUCAUGAGUUCUGCGGAAGACGCUAGCUUACCUACUGUAGUUCUGCCAGUAAAGGAAGGUAGAGAUAAUCUGUGGGCGAAAACCAAAGAAGCGUUUAAAUACGCUUAUGAAAAGUACAAAGACCAAGUGGAUUGGUUCAUGAAAGCUGACGAUGACACAUAUGUAGUAGUGGAAAAUCUGCGAUACAUGUUAUCAUCUUACAAUCCAAAUUCGUCACUAUAUUUUGGCUGCAGAUUUAAGCCUUUUGUAAAACAAGGCUACAUGAGCGGUGGUGCAGGAUACGUACUUAGUAAGGAAGGUUUACGUAAAUUCGUGGAGAUGGGCUUACCCGAUAAAACCAAGUGCCGACCGGAUAAUGGUGGCGCGGAGGAUGUGGAGAUGGGAAAAUGUCUUGAAAAGAUCGGCGUACGAGCGAUGGACACUAGAGAUCCUCACGGACGGGGUAGAUUCUUUCCAUUCGUGCCGGAGCACCACUUGAUACCCAAUCAUGUGGACAAGAAUUUCUGGUAUUGGAAGUAUAUCUAUUACGAUACCAAGGAUGGCUUAAAUUGCUGUUCGGACAGCGCGGUUUCGUUUCACUACGUGUCACCGAACAUGAUGUACGUUCUCGAGUAUCUGAUUUAUCACUUGAGGCCAUACGGCAUCAAUCACGGCCUGGAAAAACCAUCUGCGGAUCGACCGUUAACGUUGACCGAAUACUAGUCCGUAAAUUCUCGUAAAUAGAUAGUAAGAUUCUGAUUCUUUCUUUUAUACACGAUACUAGUCCAUUCGAGCCAACGAUACGAAUGUAAUAUGUUCUCAGAGGAAAAAAGUGUGAUAUAUCGUACUUCUUAGAUAAAUGAACUCUUUAUAUACGUAUCUAUGUUAGAGAGUCGAGGAUGUUGUAAAGCCAUAAUGGAUAUAAUGAUAGUGCAGAGUGAAAGGAGGAGGAAAUAUAUAUUGCAAGCACAAAAGAAAUCAUAA